UAUUUGUUAACAAGUUGUGCAUUAUACAGCUAAGAAUAAGGUGGAGGUCAAUUUUUGUGUUUAUGUAGAAAAGUUCCAUUUCUUUUCUCAAAAGGAAAGCAACUAUUGAGUUUGUUUAAUUAUGGAAGAGAAAGUAGAUAAACGGACAUGAUGACUACACGUGGAUUUGAUCGAACUUGCCCAUUACCACGUGUCCAGAUAUCAAAAUGCCACGUGGUCCUCAUAAAGAAUCAUGCGUGACAUACUCAUCUGAAUUUUCAUUACUGAAAUUCACAGAGAAAAAUCCAAAGAUUUAUUUGAGAACCAACCAGAGCCAUGGAUUCAGAAGAUCCCAACUUAGAGCUCGUCAAUGUCGCCAUCCAGAAGCUCAAGGAGGAACAGAGACAAAUCAAAGAAAUCUCCGAAGAUGACGACGACGAUCAGCUCUUGCUCUCCCGAUUGCUCUCUCAGUUGGAGUCACUAAAAGGAGAAAACAAUCUAGAGCAAGACGUAGUGGGCUUAAAGAAACUAGGAGAAAAAGGUGAUAAUAAUGAUAUAGAUGAAGAGAUAAAGAGUGAGGCUUCAAAUGAAUCGGACAGUAAUAAUGGCUCCUCUGAUAUUUUGGACAAAGAAGAGAUUGUAAAAGAACUUAAGAAGGUUAAGAAUCAGAACCGUUUAACUCACUGGCUUCUUUCAACCAUGAUUGUUCUCACUAUUGCUUGGCAAAUAUCUGAGGUGUCUCUCAUUUUGAAAAUUAAACAAGGAUUUAACCACCCUUUUAAAUCCGUUGGUGGCAUAUUAACAUGGAUGUUGAAAGGCUCAGGUGAUACAAAUAAUAGCAAAGAUGAAGAAAACCACAACAACCCAUUUGAAUUUGAAGCUCCUUCACUCCCUUCCCUCAAGAUUCCUGAGCUUCCCCAUGUGGAAUUGCAGGAUUUAACUUCUUCUAACCAAGAAGAACACUAAUGUCUUAUUGUUUGUUUCUUCUAUUUAUAUAUAUACCUACUAUUUAUAUAUGUGUGUGCGUGUGCAGUUGUGAUGUGAAAAUCUUUUUUGCUCUAUAAUCGACCUCUUAUUGUACUUGUUUGCUAUUUUGUUUCUAGUAGCAUUUCUAUCACUACAUACAAGAA